AUGGCUAACUAUGGACGAGUGUUCCUUGAAAACGAACGACUGAUUCAGCUGAUUCAGUUGCUCGUUCGAACGCAUAAAUACGAAUAAGUAAACGUGUGUGUGUGUGUUUUACAUUUCGCAGGUCUUGAUAGUGUUACUCUUGUCCGUAAUCCCCUGGCCAGGACCCAGCGUCUUUAAAAUAUCAUGCCCCCGCGAUCGAGCGUCCGUGGUGAGGAGGAUAGUGCAGAAGAGAUGGAUGCCAAUCCUGAAGAAGCAUCAAGUAGAGCUGCCGCUGGAGUGUCCGUUCCACGAAAGUCGAGACAUUUUUCGGCCCCAGCAAAGGGCGAAACAUCAGCACAGGCCGUCACAGUGGACUUGCGGCCUGUGCGGCAAGUCUUUCUAUGCAGAGAAACACUUGGAUGCUCAUUUCGAUAACAGACACAAGAGUAACGUUAACACGGCGGAGGACGCGGUGUGCCUCGCGGAUUACUGCGACAUCAUGAGGUGCGACGUGCUUGGUAACCGGGACUUCGAAAGCUCUCUGGUGGACGACGAGGCUGGCCACCACAGCACAGACAUACAAGUCUGGAAAGAAAGCACGGAGCAACGUUCCACUUCUGUGAUGCCUUGUCAGUCGCGAGGCAGCUUCUCGAGGACGUAUUCGGUAGAGAAAGCCUGCACUAUAGCCGGUGGCGGUGCUGUCACCAACAUUCAGCAAUACUGUCAUCGAGAGGACAGCGGCGCUUUAGAGAAUCAUCGUCUGCCAGGGACGGCGUAUCACGUGGAAAUCGUUGGCCCUGAUAACAAGAGCAACGCCUGCGACAAUGACGAGGAGGACGAGGACGAAGAAGACGACGAAGACGAUGAGGAGAACCUUGUGGAAGCGGCAUUGCCAGCCGUCGAUAAGAAGAGGCGUAAGGGGUUGCAUCUGAGGAAGCUGAAGGCCAACUGCAAGCCAGAGGAGCUGCAAAAGCUGAAGUUGCAGUGUGAAAGAUUGUAUUGCACGAGCGCCUCUUUCCAGGAGAAUUGAAUCGUGCGAUAUGUUGGUACCUCAGCUGCGACAGAUAUUGGGAAGACACGAAAAGGCAACAAAGGCACACACCCUGGUACCUGUUAACCAUAUUUCUGAUAGUUCUGUUCUCGUCGAUUUACGCGUGCUACUACAUUAUUUGGGUGCUGUUCAAUUCAGCAGAAGAAGACAGGCUAGACGGAACCGGAAGCUUAGAUUACACGGAUGGAGAGCUCACGGCUACGUCCUCGUUACACGAUCAGAGUGGUCCUGGCGAAGGUAGAUCCAGCGGAAGAAGAAAAGGUGAGCCAGGGGACGAUAAUUUGCCUUCGAACGAAGAAAUGCCCGACCAUUACAUAUAUGUAACCUAUCCGCCAGAGCUAAAGCAGCGAUUACUGGACAGGUAAAUAAGAUGAGAAAGGACGAGACUAUUUUAUGGAACAUUGAUAUCGAAAUCGUACAGUGAUCCUCCUGGUUGCAGCUGCUACAACAGAACCACCCGACUUUAA